CGAGCUCUGAUCCUCGUGCUAACAGGACGUGUGCUUGGUUGGUGUGCUGUAAAACUUCGAAGUAAAUCGGAUAUCACACAUUUUUCUAGUGGUUGAAACACUGUGGUGUCAAAAAGUGUGCAUAAUCAAUAAAAAAUUGGAAUUUCUUGUGUGUGUGGGUCCUUGAGUAUCUUGAAAAGUUGUAAAUUCUGGUGUCAAAUUAGGUGUUGUGAUAAGGACUCUCAGUGGUUAUCAGUUUGUUGUUUACUUUCCUGGAUUCCGAAGUCUUGGUGUGAUAAUCCUUCUUCAGCUGAGGACGUUUUUUCCAAGAUAUGGGACUAAACGGCAGUGACUGGAUGUAAUGGAGAGCAGCUGCAUUGAGUUGACAUUACAACUCAAUUUUGAUUGGAUAGUGAUAGCAAAUGACGAGAACGAUGCGACCUAGAACGGGCAGGAAGUCGCUUUGACCCGAGUCCAGACCACUUCAAGUUAUGCUCAACACCAACGAAAACGCAGCUGCAGCAGUAGCGGACGAGCGGGUUGGCGUUGGCGUGGGGAGGGAGCGUGGUCAGCGGUGGUGUGGUGGGGGGAGUGGGCGGAGUGAAGGAGUGUGCUGGCUGCGGGAAGCGCAUCACUGAGCGAUUCCUGUUGAAAGCCCUGGAGCUGUACUGGCACGAGGACUGCCUCAAGUGUGGCUGUUGCGACUGUAGGCUGGGUGAGGUCGGCAGUACGCUCUACACCAAGGCCAACCUCAUACUCUGCAAACGAGACUAUUUAAGGUUAUUCGGCACGACAGGUUACUGUGCGGCGUGUAGCAAGGUGAUACCCGCCUUCGAGAUGGUGAUGCGAGCCAAGAGCAACGUCUAUCAUCUCGAGUGCUUCGCCUGUCAACAGUGCAAUCACAGGUUCUGCGUGGGAGAUCGGUUCUACCUGUGCGACAACAAGAUCCUGUGCGAGUAUGACUACGAGGAGAGGCUGGUAUUCGCCAACAUGGCCUAUAACCCCACCAGUCUCGCGCACAUCAGAAGCCAGCAAGAGACAAUCUAGGAUGCGGCCUGGAGGCAGCCUGCCUCGACAGGGGGCGCCUCCAAUCAGCAGCAGUGCUGCCAACCGCUGCCAACCACAGCCCAAAACCAGUGCUGCCAACCGCUGCAAACUGCAGCCCAAAACCAGUGCUGCCAAUCGCUGCCAACCAUGGUUCAAAACCAGUGCUGUCAACCGCUUCCAGAGACAGUUCAACAGCAGUGCAGCCAACCUUUGCCAGCCACAGUCCAACCGAAGACAGCGGUUCGAGCGGCUACGGUGGCAGCCCUGACUCGGAAACUGGCCAAGCAGCCCACCACUCCCCCCCUUGUCAGCGCGCUAGCUUCCUGACAGAAGGUGUGUGCACCCCGAACAAACCACCUCACUAGUCAGCCGUGUGUCGUCAGCACUCAUCACUACUGAAGGUCACUUCAAGGUCACCAGUCAUCAUUGAAGGUCACAUGUCACUAGAGAUCUCAAUUCAUUUAUUGGAAGUCAGUCACUACUGAAAGUCACUUCAAGGUCACCAACCAUCAUUGAAGGUCACUAGAGAUCUUAAUUCAUUCAUUGGAGGUCAGUCAAUAUACUCCGUACAAAAUUACUUUUGACUUGGAGGAAUAUGCGGCACAGAGAAAUGGAGGGAGAUCAGCAAUGAAUUCAAUGAAAUGCUGGACCAUUGUAUGAGCUAUACACUGGUCCAGCAUUGUAUUUCGUGCUUGCAGGACGGGCCAAAAAA